CUAUGGACGUAGUUUCUCCUCGCUCGACGUACAGUGUAGUGUGUAAUGCGUUUGAGCGUUUUAUUUCUUGACGUUUGUGUAGUUUUUAUUGUGAAUAAUGUGAUUGUGUAGUUCGUUAUGGCAUUUAGAUACCGUGAAGAUUUAGUCGGCAAACGAUUUCUCUCUGUGAGUGGUGUUUCAAAGAUAAACGUGAAUAAAGUUUCUGAAUGGGGAUGGAAAGCUGGUGUUAUCAGAGCAGCUUCUCAUAAAGAUAACAAGAAUAAGGAACUUCAGGUGUUGGUGGAAUAUGAUGGUGUUGAUUGGCAACGUCGUGAAUGGGUGCCAGUGUAUUCGCGUAGAACGUUUCGUGUGUUUUUAGUUGAAAGAACAUUAGUUUGGGCACCAAGAAAAUUAGAAAAAGAAGAAGUCAAAUGGCCCGCUUUGACUUUCACGCCGCUGUCAGCUGACGUGACGCUGCAGGCGGACGCGCAGCCGGUCGAGUUCCUGCACGAUCGUCUGCUGCACUUUCUGGACUACGCCAACCUGCAACCAUAUCAGGAAUGGGAUUCGUGUCUAGCGGGUUCAGAAGCAGGAGUGGACCCAGCGACGCUGUCAGCGUUGACCGCAGAAGCAGCUGAAUGGCGGACCAUACAGGACGGCCAGCGGAUCCUCACCACCACGCCUUCAGUCCUGGGCGGCUGUCGAGCUCAAGUGUACAGAGUCGCUGGCGCUACUCAGUGGUACACGGCCGUCAUUGUUGGUGUCAAUGAGCAUACUGGUGAGCUCACAGUGACUGACGACACAGUUUUGGAGGAACACAGCGAAGACCCGUCGCUGGUUCAGAUGAGGCUACUUGGUGAUGGAGUUAUUGAAUCUAUAAUGCGUGGGGAAGUCGUGGGCGUCAUGCCUCGAAGAUCUCGCUCCAACCUACAAAGGGUAGAACGAGAAGCCACCAAGAGUCCAGCUACCACAAGCACGAGAAAGAAGACAGGGGUUAGAAGCAACGGACAGAUCACCACUGUAGAACCGCCACCACAACCUGCAGGUUCAUCGCCAGAACGUGAAACCGUUGAGAUUAAUAAGAAAGGUGCCGCAGAAAGUGUGAGUGCGAGUGGUGAUGUGGUGGCGGUUAGUGAGGAAAAUAAGUGCGUAAAGGAGGAAACGAAGGCUGAGGUGUGCUCAAAAAGUGUUGGUGAAGUGAAGAGUGGAGUGAGUGCGGGCGCGGAUGGUGUUGGCAGCGCCGUGGCCUCCGAGGAGGACGACUGUGUGAUAGUGUGCGCGCGCGAUGCGGACGAUCGGUCCGACUCCGGCGUGAGCGGCGUGCGUUCGGGCGGGUCGGCCAGCUCUGUGGAGGAGUGGCGCGGGAUGGCGCACGGCUACGGCGGCGGCCCGCCCCCGCCGCUGCUGCACCUGCCGCCGCCGCCGCCGCCCACUCUCUACCCCAGCGAGCUGCUGUGGAAGCAGCGCUACCAGCCGCCCAUCCACCCGCAGCUGCACCACGCCAUCGGUGACGAGUACAUCGCAGCUGCCACCUUCGACAGAGAGAGACAUGAAAGACUGCUACGUGACUUUCAAGAGCUCUCGAGGGAACGAAGGGAACAGGAGCAACGGGAGAUGCUGGAAAAGCAGCAGAAGGAAAAAGAAAGAGAACGGAUAGAGAGAGAAAGGGAGCGGGAACGGGAAAAGCAAGAGAGGGAAGAAAAAGAAAGGAGAGAGCAAGAGAAUGCUGCCUCUAAACUAGUGUCGAGGCAUUUCGAAGAAUCCUUUAGGCUAGCUAAUCAGAAGCGGGAACGGAGUAUAUCGUGGUCGCUUCUGAAUAGUCUCGCUCCGAACCGGGGCGCGGCGGUUUCCGAGCAUGACAGGCUGCGGACACCCGAGCGCGCCUACUACUCCACGCCCCCGCACCCCUCCGACCGCCUGCCGCAGCCCGACUACGCCGCGCACGUGGCGCUCGCGCCGCACGCGCAACACGCGCCGCGUCACGCGCUCGCCAAGUCCGACAAGGCGCCGCAGCUGCCCGUGCUGCCCAAAGGGGAACCCAACUUCGCUCCCUACAAUUACCCCCCUUACCGCUACGACAAGCUCAAGGAGCAGCACCUCCCCGCCCCUCCGCCCCUAGUGACCGAAAAAUCUGUGAUAGUUAAACACGACGCCAAACAAAUCCACCUGGAACAGAAGCAUCAAUACCCGAGCAAGCCCAGAAGCGAGCCGUCCCAGCAUUACCUUCCCUCGCGGCCGUACCGGACCGGUCUGUCGCCGCACGCGCCGCCGCACCCGCACCCCGCGCUGCAGACGCCGACGCACGCGGCGCUGCCGGCGCAGGACAAGAGCCGGCGCGUGUACCAGACGCCGCCGCAGCGCUCGCCCGCCGCCUACUACCAGACGCCGCCGGUCAAACCGAAGGUGUCCAGUCCGGCGCCCCCGCACAUCUACGGCAAGCCCAGCAGCAACUCGCCCGGCCCGACCUUGCACUACACGAUGGCGGUCGAGCCGCCGCCGGCGACGCUUCAGCUCACGAAGGCGGACCGGCCGCCCGUGCCCUACCCGCCGCCGUCGGCGUACUCCCCCGCGACGCGGACGCGGCCGCCGCCCGUGGCACACUCGCGCACCCCCGAGCCCCGGCCGCCGCCGCGAGCGCACGGCGACCUCGCCAACGCGGCGUCCCCGUGCCAGACCCAACCCCUCGACCUCGGCGUCGCGCGAGAUGACCCCGAACGGUUAUCUCCGAGAAGACGAUGUCCUUACGAUCUCGACUCCACUGACGCUAAGCGACGGCGGCUCGACAGUCCCGCUCCGGAACCGUUGAUCGCGGCGGCCGCUAGUGUCGGUCGGACGCCGCUGGGCUCCGAGCCUGCCCCGCAAGCCCCGGGUCCCCCCUGCGACGUGCGCGUACCUUCGGCGGACGGCAGCGUCGAAACGCCCGAGAAGGCCGCCGGCGCUUCCCCCGCUCCUCACAUAACCCCCGCGGCGAGUCCCGCGCCCUCCACCACGCCCGUACCUCCCGUAGCCUCGACGCCACCCAUGACGUCCACGCCGCCGAUCACGGCACCGCCCACGACGUCGUCGCCGCCCGCGCCGCCCGUCACGCCGCCCGUGACGACGGUCGCCGACGCCGAAACUCCGGCGAAGAUCUCCUCACCUAGUCCCCGAGACGGUUCAGCGCCGACAGUUCGGCAUUUAGGUAAAAAAGCAUGGCUUCAGAGGCACGAGACUGCACCGAUCGGCGAGGGAGACUGCUCGGGGGGCGGCGGCACCUGCAUCACCCUGCCGAUGACGAUCACGCGAGUGUCGGAGCCGGACGACUCCAGCUCCAACAUAGUGGUGCCCGUCGCGGCGAAGUCCAUCCAGCGAGGGGCGCGGAAAACGUCCAAACCGAGAAAACCAAAGGAAGUCAACGGCCGCGUUGACGACGCGGAGGAGGACAGCUCGAGUUCGGAGCGAGAGGCGACGUCACCGCCCAAGCGGAAACCGCCGAAGGCUAAACGGAAAAAAGGGACAGUAAAAAAAGCGGGCGACGAGCCCAAGAAGAAGAAAGCAUCGGAAAGUGGUAGUGAAAGUGAUAAAGAGAGUGACGAUAAGGACUCAGACUCUGGUGGUAGUGGUAGCGGUAGCGGCAGCACCUCGAGCAAGCGCGGCGGAGGACGCGCGCGCGGGCGACGGGCGCGCGGUGGCGGGCGCGGCGGCGGCGGGCGGCGGCGCGAGGAUCCCCCGCGCCGCGCGCCGUCCACGGCCAGCGCCAAGGCGACGACGGCCGAGUCGUUCCUACAGAACGGGCCGUGCUUCGAGGUGGCGCCGCGGCUCGCCAAGUGCCGCGAGUGCCGCUGGUCGCCCGCGCAGCGCGACAAGGACAUGCCGAACAUAUUUUGCCGAUUUUACGCUUUUCGAAGACUGAAGUAUGCCAAGAACAGGCAAUUAGCUAUAGCUGGAUUUUCGGAUCCCUACAAGGACGCUGAGGAGGAUGAUAAGAAAUUAUGGCUGUCAUCGUCAGCGGGCGCAGCCGAGUUAGACAUAGAAAUGAGCUGUUUCCUCUUGCGCGAGAUCGGCGACCAGUUCUGUGAACUGUUACAACAAGAGAAAGAAGCGGAGUCCCACCAUCUAAACGAAGAUAAGACGAUAGCGUGGAAACGCGUAGUGCAAGGCGUGCGGGAAAUGUGCGACGUGUGCGAGACCACGCUGUUCAACUUCCACUGGACGUGCGGCAAGUGCGGGUUCGUCGUCUGCCUCGAUUGUUAUAAGUCACGGACAUCAGGUGAAUCGGGCAGCUCUCCCAGCGAAACUAGUAAUUCAACCAGUGCCACUUCUAAUGCCGAAAGAGAUUCCUUUGGCUGGUUGCUGUGCACGUCGGGCGGCGCGCACCCCGCGCGGCGUCUGCUGCUGACGCAGAUUGCGGCGGGCGGCGCGCUGGCGGCGGCGGCGGCGCGCGCGCACCGCGUGCGGGCCGCCUUCGCGCUGCCGCCCUGCGCCUGCGGCCUCGCGCCCGACACGCCCGCCGCGCUGCGCACCGCCGCGCGCCUGCUGCUGCAGAGAGCGCUGCAGAAGAAUGUUAAAAAAGAAGAAGUCAAAGAAGAAAAUGCGCCAGUCAACGGAUCUUCCCCAGUGAAAUCGGAGAACGGCAAGACCGGCUCGUCCAUCGUGAGCUGGCUCUCCGAUCUGCCCAUAAAGACGGAAACGAAAGAGGAGAAGUCCGAUACGAGCUCCUCGGAUUCCGAGGAAGGCGGCAACUUCUCCACGCUGCGCGAGCUGCUCAUCCGGCCCGCGCCCGAGGGCGGCGACACCCAGCCCAAGAAAAAACAGAAGAAGAGCAAAAGUGAUAUACUGGACGACGUCAUCUCUAGCGUGAUCGAGGAGAAGAAGGACUCGGACGGCGAGGUAAAGCCCUUCGCGCUGUCCAACGUGGUGAAGCGCUACGAGCGCAGCGCGCGUGGCCGCGAGCAGCUGCCCGUGCGCAUCAUGACGCUCACCGAGUCCAAGCUGCUGUACGACGUGCCGCACGCCUGGCUGUGCGACGGCAAGCUGCUGCACCUCACCGACCCCUCCAACCCCGGCAACUACAAGCCCUUCCAGGAUCAGUGGAAGCGGGGCCAGCCGGUGCUCGUGUCGGACGUGUCGAGCCUGCUGGACAAGGAGCUGUGGUCGCCCGAGAGCUUCUCGCGCGACUUCGGCGACACGCGCGUCGACAUCGUGAACUGCGCGUCGGGGCUCGUGGUGCCCAACCAGCCGGCGCGCAAGUUCUGGGACGGCUUCGAGCUGGCCGCCAAGCGCCUGCGCGACGAGCGCGGCGCGCCCAUGGUGCUGAAGCUGAAGGACUGGCCGCCCGGCGAGGACUUCGCCGAGCUGCUGCCGGCGCGCUUCGACGACCUCAUGCGCGCGCUGCCGCUGGCCGAGUACACGUCGCGCCACGGCAAGCUCAACCUGGCCGCGCGCCUGCCCGAGUGCUUCGUGCGCCCCGACCUGGGGCCCAAGAUGUACACGGCGUACGGCGGCGCGGGUGGCACCACCAACCUUCACCUCGAUGUAAGCGACGCCGUCAAUGUCAUGGUGCACGCCAGCGCGCCGCACGACGCGCCCGAGCGGGCGCGCGAGGCGGCGCGCGCGGCCGAGGAGGCGGGCGUGGACGUGCUGUCGCGGCGCCGCGCGCGCGUGCGCCCGCCCGCCGCGCUGUGGCACAUCUACGCGGCGCGCGACGCCGACAAAAUCCGCGACUUCCUCGUGCGCGCCGAGCUGGAGCGCGGCGCGCGGCCGCGCGCGCAGCACGACCCCGUGCACGACCAGACGUGGUACCUGGACGCGGCGCUGCGCGAGCGCCUGUACCGCGAGUACGGCGUGGAGGGCUACGCCAUCCUGCAGUGCCCGGGCGACGCCGUGUUCGUGCCGGCCGGCGCGCCGCACCAGGUGCGCAACCUGCUGGACUGCAUCAAGGUGGCCGAGGACUUCGUGUCGCCCGAGAACGUGUCGCGCUGCUUCGAGCUGGCGCAGCAGUUCCGGCGCCUGUCGCGCCAGCACGCCAACAAGGAGGACAAGCUGCAGAUCAAGAACAUCGUGUACCACGCGGUGAAGGACUCGCUCUGCUGCCUCGAGGAGGCGCUCGCCGCCGCGCAGUGAGCCGCGCCGAGCGGCUCCGCAUUUGAUCUCAAUGAACGUUACGUUAUUCGCUAAGUUCCGCAUUUAGGUGAGAGUGGGCGAGCGCCGCGCCGUGCGGCCGCGAGGCGCCGCGAGUGAAUGUGUGGAACUGGAGGCGCGAUUCGGUCGGCGACGGUCGGCCGGAGGAUGUGCAAUGUAUAAAUUAGUCUGAUUAUGGUGAUAUCGUCGAGAAGUGGAUAUGUUUUAUGUUCCUUAUUCGAAAUACAAAUAAACUCUUGGUUAUCCUAACGGCUUAAUUGUAGUUAUUGUGAUGUAUGUAAUGUGUAAAUUUUUAAUUCGAAUUCCAUCGAGUACAUAGUAAGAAGAUACUUUUAAGUUAUCGUAUUGAAGUAAAAACGUAUUCGCUCGAAGCAUUGUACAUUAAAACACGGCAUGUAGAUAAGUUUAUCCUACUUUAAAUUUUUCAAUUCGUUGGUAUGUUACGAAGUGAAUAGUUAAUGAGCUGUGACAAUUUUCUUUUGUCCUUAUUGCUGAACUAGGCGAAACAAGUUUUUUUUGUACUGUGUAUAUUAUGUAUGGUUAUAAGUUGGAAUAAAAAAGAUGUUUAUAUUA